AUGGUCAUGGAUGUCGCUCGUACGUCCAUGAUGCAUGCGGCUGCCCCCCAUUUUCUGUGGCCGUUUGCGGUGAGGUACGCGGCGCAUCAGCUCAACCUUCACCCCCGGGUCUCUCGGCCUGCGAUGUCCCCAGCCUUGCUGUGGACGGGGAAGGUAGGCGAUGCGUCUGUGUUCCGUGUCUGGGGAUCUCGGGCGUUUGUCCGCGACUUGUCUGCGGACAAGCUGUCCCCUCGUGCUGCUCCCUGUGUCUUCCUUGGCUUCCCCACUGACGCCCCAGGGUGGCAGUUUUACCACCCCUCCUCUCGUCGUGUUCUGUCCUCCCAGGACGUCACGUUCGACGAGUCAGUCCCCUUCUACCGUCUCUUCCCCUACCGCACUCCUUCCCUCCCCCCUCCCCCGGACUUCCUUGUGCCGGUUCCCCCCCCGGUAGACCCCCUCCCCCCUCAGGUUCCUGCCCCCUCACGUGUGUCCCAGGUAGACGCCGUUGACCCGGUCGAGCCUGGGGGUGCUACUGCUGGGGGUGCUGGGCCUGGGGGUGCUGCUGCGGAGGGUGCGGAGCCUGGGGGUGCUGAGCCGGGGGGUGCUGUGCCUGGAGGUGCUGGGUCUGGGGGUGCUGGGUCGGGAGCUGCUGAGCCUGGGGGUGCUGAGCUGGGAGCUGCUGAGCCUGGGGGUGCUGCGUCUGGAGCUGCUGAGCCUGGGGUUUCUCCUGCUGCUGUGUCUCGCCGGGAGCCCCUCUCUCCACAGGAGCUGCGCGAGUGGUUCGCUCGCCGCUGGAGGCGUGCUGCUGAGUCUGGAGGUGCUGCUGGAGCUGGAGCUGGAGCUUCUUCGACCGUCGAGGGUGCGGGUGCUGCCGGUCCCGGAGCUGCUGGACCUGCGGGUCCUCCUGGAGCUGGAGCUGCUAAGGGCGUUGGUGCUGAGCCUACUACUGUUGGUCCUGCCGCUGGAGGUGUGGGUGGCGCUGGUGCUGUCGCUGAGGGUGCUGGUGCUGUCCCUUCUGAGUCUGGAGCUGCCGCGCGGCCUCGGCCGUACUUCGUUCCGCUCCUGCAGCAGGUUCUUGGUCUUUCUCCUCCACUAGAGGGUCCACCGCCUGUCCAGUCGCAGUCCCUGCUGGAGCCUUCCUCUCCACGGCCUGCUCCCUCUCCUUACACUGGUCCUACUGGAGGUCUUGCUGAGCGUCGUGAGCCUGCGUCUCGUCCCGCGUCGCCUGUUCGUGCUGCUCGCGCUAGUGGUCGCAGUUCGCGUCAGCGUCCUCCUCCUGUCCCUUGCACGCACCGGAUGUCUUUGCGUCUGGCCACUGCUCCUCUGCGUGCCCCUUUGCCUUCUCCUCCUGAGUCCUCUCUUCCUGCGCUUGCCGACCCUGAGUCGGACUCUCUUCGUGCUGCCAGUCCUACUGUCACGCGUCUGCUUGCUACUGUCGUCACUGACCCCUCUUUUGAGUCCACUGCUGCGUCUGCUCUAGUCGCUGAGCUCGUCGACUUUGCUGCUCGCUGUCGUCUCGACUACGCUGCUAGUCUUGUGGCUGAGUCUGCGUCUGCCUGUCCUCCGUCCGUCGGGGGUGAGUGUGCUCUUGGCACGGACGUCCUAGAGGACAGGCAGGAGGAGUUACAGUGUCUAGCGGCUGCUUCACCUCAUCUCGCGUCUGUACUGCUUGCCCCUGAGGGAGACCCGGAUGCACUAGACAUCCCGACUCCGCGUUCUUACGCGGAGGCCGUAGAGGGUCCCUACUCCUCUCAGUGGCAGGCAGCUAUGGAUGCAGAGAUGGCUUCCUGGAAGUCCACAGGCACCUACGUUGACGCAGUUCCCCCUCCUGGGGCGAACAUCGUCAGUGGCAUGUGGAUCUUCAGGGUGAAGCGGCCGCCGGGCUCUCCACGUGUCUUCAAGGCACAGUACGUUGCUCGUGGCUUCAGACAGCGGCAGGGAGUUGACUACUUUCAGACCUUCUCUCCCACCCCGAAGAUGACUACUCUUCGGGUGCUGCUGCACAUAGCCGCUCGGCGCGACUACGAGCUUCACUCUCUCGACUUCAGCACUGCGUUUCUGCAGGGUAGCCUGCACGAGGAGAUCUGGCUGCGCCGUCCGCCUGGCUUCACUGGGACUUUCCCUCCUGGCACCCAGUGGAGCCUCCGACGGCCAGUCUACGGUCUCCGCCAGGCACCGCGUGAGUGGCACGACACACUGAGGACUACGCUUGCGGCUCUUGGGUUUGCUCCUUCUACUGCUGACCCGUCGCUGUUUCUUCGCACCGACACUUCCCUGCCGCAGUUCUACAUCCUCGUGUACGUCGACGACUUGGUCUUUGCCACAGCGGACACUGCUGGACUCGCCUACGUGAAGUCCGAGCUGCUGAAGAGACACACGUGCACAGACCUGGGUGAACUGCGCAGCUACCUUGGCUUGCAGAUCACUCGGGACAGAGCACGCCGCACCAUUACCUUGACUCAGUCACACAUGGUGCAGCAGGUCCUUCAGCGCUUCGGCUUCACGUACUCCUCGCCUCAGGCCACUCCUCUGCCUACUCGCCACUCACUCUCAGCUCUGCCUUCGGAUGAGUCCGUAGAGUCGAGUGGUCCGUAUGCAGAGCUUGUUGGCUGCCUCAUGUACCUGAUGACCUGCACACGACCUGACCUUGCAUACCCUCUGAGCAUUCUUGCACGCUAUGUUGCUCCUGGGAGACACCGACCAGAGCACAUGGCUGCAGCGAAGAGGGUAUUGCGCUACCUGUGCAGUACGCCGGGCAUGGGGCUAGUGCUUGGAGGGCGGAGUCCAGUGGUCCUCACUGGUCACGCGGACGCUUCUUGGGCUGACGACCAGGCUACGCAGCGGUCGUCACAGGGUUACACCUUCAGCCUUGGUUCCGGCUUUGUCUCGUGGCGGUCUACUCGCUCGUCUUCAGUUCUCGGCUCCAGUUGUGAGGCCGAGAUCUACGCCGGGGCCAUGGCUGCACAGGAGCUUCGCUGGCUCACCUACCUGCUGACUGACCUUGGAGAGCCGCCUCGUUCUCCUCCAGUGCUGUACGUAGACAACAAGGCCAUGCUGGCCUUGUGUCGAGAGCAGCGCUUGGAGCACAGAACGAAGCACAUUGCUCUCCGCUACUUCCUUGCUCGUGAGCUGCAGCAGCGUGGUCAGUUGCGACUUGCGUACGUGGCCUCUGAGGCCAACACUGCUGAUGUGUUCAACAAGGCACUCGCGCCUUGUGACCAUCAGCGCUUUUGCACCCAGCUGGGUCUUGUGCCUGUCUUGCCUCACUUGCUCUCCUCUUGA